AUGAGGCGGUUUCUUCCGGGUGCCUUGCUGCAGGUUCCGCUUAAUAGCUUAUCAGGCUUGAGUGGUCCUGUGUGACGUGCUCCCUGUCUGGCGGCUGAUGCUGUGAAGCGCGCUCAGGCAAGCUCCGAAGUUGUGAUAUGGAUGCAGUGACCUAUGAUGAUGUGCAUGUAAACUUGACUCGAGAAGAAUGGGCUUUGCUGGAUCCUUCACAGAAGCGUCUCUACAAAGAUGUGAUGCUGGAGACCUACAAGAACCUCACUGCUAUAGGCAUGAAAGAAGUCAUACUGGAGAGAAACCCUCUGUAUUCAACACUCAAUGUGGUAAAGCCUUUGCAUGUCACACUUAUCCUCAAAGGCAUGAAAGAAUUCAUACUAGAGAGAAAUCCUAUGAAGGUGUUCAAUAUGAUGAAGCCUUGGUACAUCACAGUAAUCUCCAAACACAUAAAAGAACACAUCCUAAAGAGAAACCCUACAAAUGCGAUCAAUGUGAUAAAGCCUAUUCACAACAUAGUCAUCUCCAAAGACAUAAAAGAAAACACACUGGAGAGAAACCUUAUGAAUGUAAGCAAUGUGGCAAAGCCUUUGCAUACCAUUCUGAACUUCAGAGUCAUGAAAGAAUUCAUACUGGAGAGAAACCCUACAAAUGUAAUCAAUGUGGUAAAGCCUUUGCACAUCAUUGCAAUCUUCGAGUGCAUAAAAUAAUACAUACUGGAGAGAAGCCCUACAAAUGCAAUCAAUGUGAUAAAGCCUAUUCACAACACUGUAAUCUCCAAAUACAUAAAAGUACACAUACUGGAGAGAAGUCCUAUAAAUGUAAUCAAUGUGGUAAAGCCUUUGUAUAUUAUGGUUAUCUUCAAAGACAUAAAACAACACACACUGGAGAGAAACCUUACAAAUGUAAUCUAUGUGGUAAAGCCUUUGCAUCUCAUCGUUAUCUCCAAGUACAUAAAAGUACACAUACUGGAGAGAAACCCCAUGAAUGUAAUCAAUGUGGUAAAGCCUUUGUAUAUCAUGAUCAUCUUCAAAUACAUAAAAGAACACAUACUGGAGAGAAACCCUAUGAAUGUAAUCACUGUGGUAAAACCUUUGCAGCCCAUCGUUAUCUCCAAGUACAUAAAAGAACACAUACUGGAGAGAAACCCUAUGAAUGUAAUCAAUGUGGUAAAGCCUUUGCAUCUCAUAGUUAUCUCCAAGUACAUAAAAGAACACAUACUGGAGAGAAACCCUAUGAAUGCAGUCAAUGUGAUAAAGCUUUUGCAUAUCCUGGUUAUCUCCAAGUACAUAAAAGAACACAUACUGGAGAGAAACCGUAUGAAUGCAAUCAAUGUGGUAAAGCCUUUGCAGGUCAGAAUGUUCUUAAAAGACAUGAAAAAAUUCAUACUGGUGAGAAACCUUACAUAUGUAAUGAAUGUGGUAAAGCCUUUGUGAGUAACACUAGUCUCCAAAUACAUAAAGCAACACAUACUGGAGAGAAGCCUUAUGAAUGUAAGCAAUGUAGUAAAUCCUUUGCCUCUCAUGGCCAACUUCAAAGUCAUGAAAUAAUUCACACUGGAGAGAAACCCUACAAAUGUAAUGGAUGUGAUAAAGCCUAUUCACGACACAGUCAUCUCCAAAGACAUAAAAGAACACAUACUAUGACUGUAACCAAUGUGAUAGAGCCUUUACAGGUCACAGUGAUCUUCAAAGGUAUGGAAGUUUGAAUAUGCUUGGCCCAUGGCAAGUGGCACUAUUAGGAGUUGUGGCCUUCUUUGAGGAAGUGGAUCACUAUGGCAGUGGGCUUUGAGAUCCUAUGCGUAAGCCCCUCCCAGGGCAGAAGAGUUUUCUGGGUGCCUUCUAAUCAAGAUGUAAAACUCUCAGCUCCUCCAGCACCAUGUCUGCUGGACACUGCUAUUCUUUCCACCUUGAUGAUAAUAGACUGAACCUCUGAAUCUGUACAGAACCUUCAAAUAAAUGUUGUCCUUUAUAAGUGUUGUCUUGGUCAUAGUAUCUUUUUCACAGCAAUAAAACCCAGACUAAGACAAAGGGCAUAAAAGAUAACACGCUGAAGAGAAACCCUGUGAAUGUGUUGAAUAGUUCUUAUUGCAACAGAAGUAUUCAAACUUCCAUUCACUGAAACCCUGUUAAUGGAAGUAAUGUACAGCCUUUGUCCUUCACAGUUAUCACUGAAUGUAGAAAAUAACACAUACUGGAGAAAAGCCUUAUGAACCUCAAUGUGAUAAAGUCUGUUUUAAAAUCUGCAAAGAUCCAUAACAAUACAAACACCUGGUCAAAGUAAAUGCCAAGAAUUACUGUAAUCAAGCUGUUUGGGUUAAAAGGUUAGGUUAGGGUUAGGUGUUGGAGGUUAAAGGUUAUGGAGUUAGGAUUGGGGGUUAGGGGUAAGGUUUAGGGUUAGAGGGUUAUGGUUGGGGAGUAAGGGUAUAGGGAUUAGAGUUUAGGAGGGUUAAGGUUAGGGAUUAGCGUUGGGGUUUAGGGCUAGGUUAGGGUUAGGUGUGUUAAGGUUGGGGAGGUAGGGUUAGAGGGUUAGCAGUUAGGGGUUAUUAGGAAAAGAAAUGCCAGCAGUGAUUCCUUUUAGGGUUCAGGUUAGGGUGAGCUUUAGUGUUAGAGCUUAGAGAGAGAGACAGAGAGGCAUUACUUUUAGGGAGGAAAUAGGUUGGCUGGGGAAAGAGGAAUGAAAAUGAUAUAAAUAGAGUAUUCAUAUAUAUUCUCAACAAAUUAAAAAUAUGGUGAAUAGUAUCAAAGUAAAUAAACUGGAGGGUAAGGAGGACUAUUACCGCACACAUUAAUGAAAUUCAGGAAAAUUGUUAGGUCUUACCUUAAAACCUCAUAUAUUCCAAAGAAUUGGAAAACUCUAAAAUAAAAUACAUAGAUUUCUAGAUGUAUAUGACCUACCAAAAGUAAAUCAUGAAGAUAUUUUAAAAAAAUAAGUUAAGCAGCUUUGUAGAAAAAAAUAAAAGUGAAGCAGUAAUCAAAUAUCUACCAAUUAAAAAAAAUUAUCAGACCUUCAAUAAUAUACUAAGACAAAUGCUUAUCAAACUAUUUUAUUAAAUAGCAAAGAAGGAAACAUUACCAAACUGUAUAAAGCUAGUAUUAGUCUGAUACUAAAACCAGAUAAUAAACAAAAUUUUAAAAUUACUGAUUGAUCUCCAAUAAAUAUAUAUAUACAUAUAUGUAUAUAUAUAUAUAUAUAUAUAUAUACACGUGUGUGUGUGUGUGUAAAAUUCCUUUAAAAAUACUUGCAAACUCGAUUCAAUAAUAUAUCAAAAAAUCACUCACCAUGACCAAGCUGGUUUAUUCCAGAGAUGUAGCGCUGGUUCCAUAUGUCAAUAAGUGUUAUGAAUUUCACAAAUGAUCUCUUGUUUUUGAUAGAAUAGAAAUUAUAUGGGCCCAGGCAGUGGUGGCACACGCCUUUAAUCCCAGCACUUGGGAGGCAGAGGCAGAUGAAUUUCUGAGUUCAAGGCCAGCCUGGUCUACAGAGUGAGUUCCAGGACAGCCAGGGUGAAACAGAGAAACCCUGUCUUGGAAAAAAAAGAAAGAAAAGAAAGGAAAGAAGAAAAGAAAAGAAAUUGUACGGCGUCUUGAUAGACAUGGAAGGCUUUUGACAAAACCAACAUCAAUCAUGUCAAACAUCCCAAAGAAACUCAGAAUAUCAGAAACACAUCUCACCAUAAUAAUAUAUUUGGCAAGCCUAUAGCUGAUGUAUUAAAUGCAGAAAACAAGUGUUCCCACUUUCCUGACUCUUAUUCAAGAUGGUACUGAAAAAUCUUAGCUAGAACAAUAUAAAGCAAAUAAAAGAAAUAUAAUAUGGAAAGGAAGAAGUCAAACUAUCUCUAUUUGCAGAUAAUUCAAAGACUCUAAAGACUCCACCAGAAAACCUAAAGAAUGGAUAAAUUCUUUUCAACAAAAUGGCAAAACACAAAAAUGGCAAAUAUAGCCUUUUUAUAAACCAAUGAAAAAUAUACUGAGAAAGAAAUUCAGGGAAAUAAUCCCAUUCAUAACACUUUAAAAAUCCAAGCAAAAAAUCUCUUGUAUUAAACCUGACCAAGAGAGUGAAAGACCUCUAUGAUGAAAACUUUAGAUACUGAAGAAAGAAAUUAAAGAAGACACUAGAAGAAGGGAAGCCCUUGCAGGCUCAUGGGAUAACCAUACUUCCAAAGUCAAUUUAUAGAUUUAAUGCAACCCCAAAAGAAAUUAAGGGGUUGAGAAAUAUUGUCAAAAUACAUCAUAUACAUGCAUGAAAACACUAUAAUAAAUCCCAUUAUUAUGUAUAAUAAAUACUUAUUAAAACAUUUUGAAAACUUUAAUAUAGAUCCAAGUGGUUUUUAGAAACACAAUCACACAAAUACAUAUGACAAAACUCCAAAAUAACUGUCAGACAUAUGAUGUUCUGCCAGUAAUCCUAGCUCUGGUUAGGUGGAGACAGGUGGAGCCCUGAGAUUCAUUGUCAAACAGCCUAGCCUAAAUUACUGAUCUCAAUUGAGAGACCCGGCUUCAAAAACAAGGUGGGUAUUACCUGAGGAACAAUACCCAAGGUCAAUAUUUGGUCAAGAGAUGCAUGCAACCAUACAUUAAUACACACUAUAUACAAAUGGAACAUAAUUCAGACUAAAAGCUGUGGCACAUACCAAAACAUAGAUGGAUUUUAUACAAAAUGAAAUAACCCAGUUGCCAAAAGACAAAUAUAAUUUUAUUUUUACAAAGAGCCUAGAGACAUCAAAUUGUUAGCAAUGGAAAGUAGCAUGGUGGUUGCCAAAGGCUAUGAGAGGGAGAAGUGAAGAGUUAGUAUUAAUUUUGUAUAGAAUUUCAAUUUAAAAUGGUAAAAGAAUUCUGGUGAUAGAUGGGAAUAUUAAUCCAACAAUACUGUGAAUGUACUUAAUGCCACUCAACUAUCAACUUAAAAAGAUAAACAUGAUAGUUUUUAUAUUAUAUAUAUUUUACAAAAAUAAUAAUUAAAAGAUCCUCCCUCACCAUAAAGUGAGAGGGAUACUGGUCCUUGUAUAGCUGCAACUCAGUAACAGCAAUGUUCAUCUACUUUGGUCAGUUUCUUAACCAUUUCACUGCAUUUAUAUAUGUCUGUCUUAAAAAUAAAGUAACAUUAAAAUGUC